UAGCAAUCAGUUGGUAGCUUGGAUCGACAGUGAUCGCUCGGCUACUAAUUCACAUUCUAUCGAUAUCGAUAAAAAUUCUUCACUUAUAGUUAUUAGUUUGACACUUUAUAGAUUUUCCCAUCACUAGUUUGUACGUGACUUUUUGACAAAGUACCAUGGCGACUGCAACUGCAAACCCCUACGGCCGCCUACUGAAGACAUUCGAAGUGAAUGGCAAGACAUACAAAUACUAUGACCUAAACGAGCUCGGUGAUAAAUAUGGCCGUCUGCCGUUCAGCAUCAGGGUGCUGCUGGAGUCGUGUGUCCGCAACUGCGACAACUUCCAGGUCCUUGAGAAGGACGUCCAGAAUGUCCUCGAGUGGGAGAAGAACCAGACUGUGGAGGGCGGAGUGGAGAUCGCGUUUAGACCCGCCAGGGUUAUAUUGCAGGAUCUGACCGGCGUGCCAGCGGUGGUGGACUUCGCGGCGAUGCGCGACGCCGUCCGCGAUCUGGGCGGGAACCCGGACCGCAUCAACCCCAUCUGCCCCGCCGACCUCGUCAUAGACCACUCCGUGCAGGUGGACUUCGCUAGAUCCCCUGACGCGCUGAACAAGAACCAAGAACUCGAGUUCGAGAGGAACAAGGAGAGAUUCCAGUUUCUGAAGUGGGGAGCUCAAGCGUUUGACAACAUGUUGAUUGUACCUCCUGGCUCUGGUAUAGUCCAUCAGGUGAACUUGGAAUACCUGGCGCGCGUGGUGUUUACCGGUGACUUUGUGUACCCCGACUCCGUGGUGGGCACCGACAGCCACACUACCAUGAUCAACGGCCUGGGCGUCGUGGGGUGGGGCGUGGGAGGUAUCGAAGCCGAAGCGGUGAUGCUGGGCCAGGCCAUCAGCAUGCUGCUGCCGCGCGUGGUGGGCUACCGGCUGCACGGGGUGCUCAGCCCGCUCGCCACCUCCACCGAUCUGGUGCUCACCAUCACCAGGCACCUCCGCUCGCUCGGCGUGGUGGGCAAAUUCGUGGAAUUCUUCGGCCCUGGCGUGGCGGCGCUCAGCAUUGCCGACCGCGCCACCGUCGCCAACAUGUGCCCGGAGUUCGGCGCCACCGUCGCCCACUUCCCCGUCGACCGCCGCUCGCUGGAGUACCUGCACCAGACCAACCGGUCGGCGGACAAGAUAGCUGUGAUCGAGGCGUAUCUUCGUGCUUCCAACCAGUACAGGGACUACGACAACCCCGCGCAGGAUCCCAUCUUCUCUGAGGUAGUGGAGCUAGAUCUGUCCACCGUAGUGACGUCAGUGAGCGGACCGAAGCGGCCGCAGGACCGCGUCGCAGUCGCCGACAUGAAGAAAGACUUCCAGGACUGUCUUACUAAUAAGGUGGGCUUCAAAGGCUACGGUCUUACACCUGAGCAGCUGGGCGCGUCAGGCAGCUUCAGUUUCUCGGACGGAAAGACGUACAGCAUCACGCACGGCUCCGUCAUCAUCGCCGCCAUCACCUCCUGCACCAACACCUCCAACCCCAGCGUCAUGCUUGGCGCAGGUCUGCUGGCGAAGAAGGCUGUUGAGAAUGGUCUGAGCGUGCUGCCCUACAUCAAAACCUCGCUGUCGCCUGGGUCUGGUGUCGUCACGUACUACCUUAGGGAGUCCGGCGUGGUCCCGUACCUGGACAAACUCGGGUUUGACAUCGUGGGGUACGGCUGCAUGACCUGCAUCGGCAACUCCGGACCCAUUGAUGACAACAUCGCUAACACCAUCGAAAAGAACGACCUGGUCUGCUGCGGCGUGCUGUCCGGCAACCGCAACUUCGAGGGCCGCAUCCACCCGCACACGCGCGCCAACUACCUCGCCUCCCCGCUGCUGGUCAUCGCGUAUGCGCUCGCCGGCACCGUCAACAUCGACUUCACCGUCACGCCGCUAGGUAAACGCAGCGACGGCACGCCGGUGUUCCUGAGCGACAUCUGGCCGACGCGCGCCGAGAUACAGGAGGUCGAGAAUAGGCACGUCAUUCCUAGGAUGUUCAAGGAGGUGUACGCUCGCAUCGAGCAGGGUUCGCCGUCGUGGCAGGUGCUGUCGGUGCCGCAGGGCAAGCUGUACGGCUGGGACCCCAACUCCACCUACAUCAAGAAGCCGCCGUUCUUCGACGGCAUGACCAAGGAGCUGCCCGCCAUCUGCAGCAUCGAGGGUGCUCGCUGCCUGCUGCUGCUGGGCGACUCCGUCACCACCGACCACAUCAGCCCUGCCGGCUCCAUCGCCCGCAACUCGCCCGCCGCCAGAUACCUCGCUGGACGAGGGCUUACGCCGAAGGAGUUCAACUCGUACGGCGCUCGACGCGGCAACGACGCGGUGAUGUGUCGCGGUACUUUCGCCAACAUCCGGCUGGUGAACCAGCUGGCGCCGGCGCCGGGGCCGCGCACCACGCACCAGCCCAGCGGUGAUGUCAUGGACAUUUUCGACGCCGCUGACAGAUACGCGAAAGAGAACGUGCCGCUCAUCGCGAUAGUGGGCAAGGACUACGGCUCCGGCUCCAGCCGCGACUGGGCCGCCAAGGGACCCUUCCUGUUGGGCAUCCGAGCCGUAAUCGCGGAGUCUUUCGAGCGUAUCCAUCGCUCCAACCUCGUGGGUAUGGGCGUGAUGCCGCUGCAGUUCCUGGACGGGGAGUCGGCGCGCACGCACGGGCUGACGGGCACGGAGACGUACAGCGUGCGCGUGCCCGCCGACCUCGUGCCGCAGCAGCUGCUCACUGUGGAGGUGGACAACGGCAAAUCAUUCCAAGUGAAGGUGCGUUUCGACACGGAGGUGGACCUCACUUACUUCAGAAACGGCGGAAUCCUCAACUACAUGAUCCGGAAGAUGUUAUAAUGAGGGGUUCGAGGCACCAGGGGUCCGGAGGGGUCUGAAAAGUCCCCGGGGGUCAAAUUACCUAGGGGUCUAAAAUGUCCCCGGUGGGUCAAAUGGCGGAUGGGGGUUUAAAAAUGAUGGGUAAUGUUAUGGUUAGUUGAUUUUUUAUUAUUUUUAUUUACUUAACUCUACAAAGAAUUUAAGUAGAACAAAGUUAAUCAAUUUGUGAGUCAGUUUUUGUAUUCCUUAAGAUUAAGUGUUGAUUCGAAAUAAAAUGCGUUUGUGUUUAUAUUAUAUUUAAUUAUUAUUAAAAUUAUGUGCAGUUCCACUAAUAUUCCUCGACGAUCAUAUUUUUAA